GCUCGCAGUUACUCGGGGCUAUCAGACGUAAAUUCGUUACUUCUAUCUAUCAUGGCAUCAAGGAAUCCGGAGUUCGUGAUCUCCCCAAACAUUGGCGCCGGUCUCCGCACCUUCGUGUAUUCGCAGCUGUUCGUCACCCCGCCAUAUCCCCGCGACUCCUUCGCCGAACAAACCAUCAUCGUCACCGGCUCCAACACAGGGCUGGGACUCGAAGCCGCACGCCACUUCUACCGUCUGGACUGCGCGCGGCUGAUCCUCGCGGUCCGCAACACGGCCAAAGGCGAAGCCGCCAAGGAGGAUAUCCUCCGCAGCAACGUCACGCACCGGUCGGACGCGGGUGCGAUCGAAGUCUGGCCGCUGGAUCUGUCGAGCACCGCAUCCACAAUCGCAUUCGCGGAGAGGGUGAAGGAGCUCGAUCGGGUCGACGUGUUGAUCGAAAAUGCAGGGAUCAACUCGGGGCAGUGGACGCUGUGCGAGGGCCAUGAGCAGGCGGUCCAGGUCAAUGUGCUGAGCACAUUUCUUUUGGCGCUGAUGCUCCUCCCAAAGCUCCGGGCCACAAGACGUCUCACCGCCGCGGAUGCUGUCCACCCGCAUGUGGUGAUUGUGAGCUCGGAAGCGCAUCGGUUGACGUCGUUUCCGGAGAUCAAUGCUCCGAUUCUUUAUGACGAGCUUAAGGUGAGGGAGCGGUUCAGUCAGCAGGCUAGAUACCAAGCCACGAAAUUGAUCGAAGUACUCUUCACGCGGGGGCUGGUGGCGAGGCUGGGCGAUAAGCAAGACACUAUUGUCGGGGAUACUCCACCGGUGAUCAUCAACCUAGUCAAUCCGGGUCUUUGCGCCUCAGACCUCGCUCGAGGCGAGCCACCCUCGAUACUUGCACGAAUAGCGCGUUGGAUCUUUGAGCGAACCACCGAAGUGGGAGGGAGGACCUUGGUGAUCGCUGCCUCGGCCCCGAAGAGCUCCCAUGGCGAGUAUCAAAGUGACGGGAGAAAUCAGAGUGUAGAAGAUUGGAUCUAUACGGAAGCUGGUCGAAGAGUACAAAGGAAGGUUUUCGCGCAGACGCUUGGAAUCCUGGAAGAGCGCCGAUCCGGGAUAUCCCAAGAGGCUGGUCUUUAGACAGCAGGGAAUCGAACGGGGCCGGCGAAAGGGGGCUUGAUUGUCGUAGAGGCACUAUACACACACACACACACCACGCUGCCUUCAAUUCUUGCGAUAUUGACUCUUUUUGUUUGGAGGAGAGAUUAAGAAUUAUUGCGGUCCUAGC